UCGAUAUAGACAUUUCGCUGUCGGACCUCCUUGCUAGUCGCGGUGGCGAACGUAACUACCCGUGGCCUGCAAACGGUGCCGCGCGAAUGGUCGCCUCAUCCACCGCUUCGUCGUUCGCACCGCCGAUCCCCGUGGCCAGGCCGUAAGUUAAGCCAAAGUUAACUCAAACCGCUUAUCGCGCGCAGUGGUGGCGCAAUUUUUACUCUACAAUCACUUUGUUUAUUUAUGUCUGUGCCUUUUAUUAUGUCACUGUCAAACUGAAUUGUCAAUUUGAUGUUGUAGCUACCUAAGGGUACCUACAUAUAGGCUGCUUUCCGAUUUAAAAAAAAUAUUUAUUAGUAAAUAUUAGUAUGUAUGUAAUGUAAAUUCUAUAAAUACAUAUGCCGGCUUUAAUAAAUAAAAACAUACAAUACGUUUAUUGAGAUUAUAAUUCAAAAUGCAUAUACAACAUAAUAUAAAUAUCUUGCAUCGAAAUUUGAUUUACAAUUUACAAAGAUAAAUUCAGAUCAUAAAAGUUUAUUAAUUUAGCAUGCUAAAGAAAGAAACAAUAAAAUGUCUGAUUUAAAAGUGUGCAGGAUAUGUCUUAAUAUAGACGUAAAAAUGUACGAAUGGGAAAAACAUCAGUUAAAAGACUAUUACGAACAGAUAAUGUCAACAAAGCUGAAGAAAAAUGAUACUUUGCCUAGAUUCUUCUGUUAUGAAUGUGCUGCUUUGUUACAUAAAUUUUACAAAUUUAAAAAUAAAUGUGAAAAUGGUCUUAAUGAACUCAAACGGCUGUUGGGAAGUGGUGGAGUAACUCUACAGAAAGUGGCUAAAAUUGAUAGAGCAACUCAAAAUCUAGACACAACAAUAGGUGUAACAAUGAUAACAAACAGAGUCAAAACAUACUUUGAAAGGCAUCGCAGAAUUCUAAAACGUAAAUCAAGAAAUCCCUCAAUCACUAGUAUCAGUUUAGAAAUGGUAAACAUUCCUGAUGACGAUCAAGCAGAGUCCAUUAAAAAUGAUGAUGAUCAUAAUGAAAUUAAUGAACAAAGUGAUAUAGUCACCUGUGAACAAGAAUCUGCUCAUAAAAUGGACAUUUUAAUUGAUGAUGAUGAUAAACUGGAAAAUAUCACAGAAGACUGUACAGCCUCUGAUAAUAAUGUAGAAAUCAAUACAACCGAUAUGCAAUUUGAGGAAGUAAUAAAAGAAAUGAAGUUACCGAAAUUAUAUAAGAAAAGUAAAAGUAAAAAGAAACGGAAAAAAAUAGAGUUGAAAGCUAUAGAAAGAAAGAAAAGAGAACUGAAUGAAAAAAACUGGCAGAGAUUUUAUUUGACUGAAGAAGACGCUGUAAACGAAUUUCAGUCACGAGCCCAAGACCCAAAGUACAUCAGCGCUGUUUACAAGUGUACAUUUUGUCUGAAAGGGUUCUCUAAAGAGGACAUGAUGAAGAGGCACAAUAAAUUAAGGCACAGUGAGUCAAACGGCUCGAUCGAGUGUCGCUUCUGUCGGAUCCGCUUCAAGUGGAAGUCGCUCCUGAGAAGACACAUUCGUGAACAUUACAAUAAAUACAAAUGCUUGCGAUGCGACCUCAUAUUUUCCAGAGAGACGUCAGCCCAGCAUCACGAUCAGUUUCACAACGGUGUGACGAGAACGUGUGAAUAUUGCAACGAGACAUUUAAACAUCUGUCGACGUACUAUACGCACCUCCGGAAGCACAGGAGCAAACAUCUGUGCGCUCUGUGCGGAGAGUCCUUCGUCAGCGAAUUUGGACUCUACAUGCACAGGAGAGUGAAGCACGUCAUGGACGCCGAAAGACAAGACGAUGAUUCGAUGGAGGAAACGACAUACUGUGAGAGGUGCGAUAUCAAAUUUGAAUCGAGGCGAGCUUACGAGGAGCAUCUGAUACAUUCCGCCAUGCAUUCUAUCUCAGGAGAAUCACCCGCGCCCAUGAACUUAAAGGGAGGGACCGUUGUAAGAAGAGCUCCAAGAAAACAAACACCCUGUACCAUUUGCAACAAGAACUUCUCGACCCUGGUGGCGUACAUGAAGCACCACCAGGCGGAGCACCCCGGGCAGCCCGCCCCGGCCGCCGCGCGAGCCCCGCCCUCCGCCGACCCGCACCAGCGCCACAUCUGCGAGAUCUGCGGGGCUCUGCUGGCGCCGAACAGCAUGUACAGUCACGUGAACACGCACACGCGCGAGAAGCAGUACACGUGCGCGACGUGCGGCAUGCAGUUCAACGCCAAGGGAACCCUCCAGAGGCACUACCUGACGCACACGGGCGAGAAGCCGGUGGAGUGCUCGCUGUGCGAUAAGCGGUUCACUCAGGUGGCCAGCAUGAAGCUGCACUACAGGACCAUACACUUGAAACAGCCCUAUCCGAAAAGGAAUCGAAAGAAGAAAUCCGAAGACUCCGAUGAAACGGCUCUCAUAGCGGAAUAUUAUCAGAACAAGGAAGCGGCUGACGACUUGCCUUUAGAGAGAUGGAGGACGAUGCGCUUGUGAACGCCACUCCGAGGUUUGGCACAUAAGCCUCUGUGGUCUAGUAGGUAAGACGUCCGUGCUCCCAAGUCUUGGUGGAUGAGUACACGUGCUCGCGUUCUCCGAGCCCUUGACAGGGUUGCCACUGCGCAACUCCAGACACGCGGAAGACCGAUUAAUGCCAAUAAAGAAUACAAUACGCGUCCUCUUUGAGCAAUUAAAUUCUUAUAUUUUAUAUUAAAUAUGCAAGAAUAACUUCUCGUGGACCUAUUUGAGAAUCCCGGUCAGUGUUGCCACAUUCUCUAGAACUUGAUUUGGGUGCAUAAUAUAUUGAGCAACUAGUAUUUUCUUGUGUUGCGGUUACUGUGAACACACGAGACCAGAACGAGCCAAUCCAGACACCUUUUUGGAGUUUACUCCUUUAGAAUCGAUUUACAUAUAUAGGCCCGGGGUAUGAAAAUUAUGGGGACCAAAAUCGUACUAGCAUGUCACACGAAAUGCGUUAUGCGCCUGAUUGGCUCCUGAUUGCGUGAUGCGUGCGCGCGCCAAUCAAAAUCGUACUAGCAUGUCACACGAAAUGCGUUAUGCGCCUGAUUGGCUCCUGAUUGCGUGAUGCGUGCGCGCGCCAAUCAAAAUCGUACUAGCAUGUCACACGAAAUGCGUUAUGCGCCUGAUUGGCUCCUGAUUGCGUGAUGCGUGCGCGCGCCAAUCAGGAGCCAACGCGCGGCCGCGUUAUCGCAGGUGACGCCGGGCUGCUGCGCCGGCAGUCCGCCACAAAGCCUCGUACUGAUCGCGCGUUUCUCUCAUUAUUGUAUUUUCAUAUAUUUGUUAGUCGUUUGUUUUGUGUCUCGUUAAUUUGUUAAUAAUCUGUAGUGUAUCGUGUUGUCGUAAUAUAGAACUAUUUCUCGUAUUGUUUCGUUUAAUUUUUUAUAUCCAGUAAACUCCAGUCGUGCGUCGGAGCGGACACACACACUUUUUUUUUUUUAAUACCUUAUAUUGGCUUACGGCCCACUGAUGAUAAAUAGUCGCCGUCGGUCACGAACGUCAGCGAAGCCGCUGACCUACCUCCAAUAAAAAUACUCAUUAUGACUGAAUAUCGAACCCGGAACAUACUAUGGAUUCCUAAACUAUAAUCCUAAACAACAAAUUACCUAUAUAUAAAUAGAACGUACUUAUAGUUUUAAUGCAUAUUUCACGAACCCGCAAUGUAUAACGUGCUCCGAAUUCAAUGGUCAUUGACCGCGAAUCAUCUUAAUUUGACGUGCAUGAAAAAACAGUACAAUGUAAUUUUUCAAUUACUAUUCAUAAUGUUAUCCUCUCUAGCUACUCGUCUAUAAACGAGAACAAUUGCACAGCAUUGUAAUUCCUAGUUAAUAUAAAUACAGAUAGACACAAACACACACACACCACACAAAAAAGGAAGAAAAUGUCAAUGGAACGAAGCCAUACAGCCAAAUCUUAAUUACAUUUUCAUAUCUUAGUUUUAUAUUUCAAACGUUACAGUCAAACAAAAGAGAUAUAAUGUCGUCUCAGUUGCAACAACGAAGUAGGUUCGGCAAAUGAGAAUAGUUCUAAGUGCCUAGUAUAAUCUGGAAGUAUUUUUAAUCUGUUAUUUUGUCGAUAAUAUCUAGAUAGUGAAGGGCGAAUUGAUCGCGUACUAGUCACAAUUUAGGGUCACUGAAAAGCAAUACUGUUAUGGUUGACUUGAGAUAACAGUAAUGAUCGUCUCAGGAUCCCGGUGCCCAUAAAUGAUUUAUUUUAGAUUUUUUUAGGUGCUGGGUAAACAAUUGACUGACUUUUACGGCUAUUUGGUUUAAACGACAUUUUUUUUCAACUUUGCACGGCUCUCGUGUUAGCUUAAAAUUUGAAAAUAUUUAUUAAAGAUUAAAAUUUAAAAAAACAUCACAGCAAAAAGAGUCUUCAGCCAUGGAGUAAACACGGAGUAAACUUAAUUGAAGUUCAAUUAUAAACAUCAAACUGUUGAUGUUAAUACUGAAUAAAACGGACCUUGGAUUGCAAAGAUUAAUGUCGCGUAGCGAAAUGUAACCCUAAACCCUAGGGGAUUCCCUGAUGCUGUAUGUUUAAAAGUAAAUAAAACAUAACAAAAUAGUUAACCGAAAAGAUAGCCGUAGUUUUUUUCUUAAUGAUGGCAGUAUGAAUAAAAGUCUGAUUUUUCCCAGACAAAGAAAAACAUAAUUAGAAGUUUUUUAAGAAAAACUUAAAAAAUAAAAAUAGUCUAUCGAUUUCAGCGUUUGUCAUUUUUGUACAUUAUACAUUUUACCUACCUUAAAUUAAGUUGUGUGUAUGUUUUUAUUUAUUACUUCUAGUAUUUUCCUGAGUAAAUAUUAAUAAAUGUUUAGACUGAA